AUGGAGAUGGACAAUCGCACCAUCCUUACUGAAUUCAUCCUCCUGGGCUUCUCAGAAGACCCCCAUCUGCAGUUGAUUCUAUUUGGAAUAUUUCUAACCAUCUAUGUGAUGACCUUGUCAGGAAAUAUAACCUUGGUUAUCCUAAUUCGUUUUGAUUCCAGGCUACAUACACCCAUGUACUUUUUCAUAGGAGGUCUCUCUUUUUUGGAUUUCUGGUAUAAUUCUGUGUAUAUACCUAAAAUCUUGGUCAAUUGUAUCUCAGAAGAUAAGCGUAUCUCCUUGUCUGGCUGUGGGGCUCAGUUUUUCUUUUCCUGUGUAGCAGCCUAUACUGAGUGCUACCUGCUUGCAGCGAUGGCCUAUGACCGCCAUGCUGCAAUUUGUAGCCCAUUGCUUUAUUCAAGUAUCAUGUCAACUUCUCUCUGUACUGGGCUGGUGGCUGGAUCCUAUGUUGGAGGGUUUUUGAAUGCCAUAGCUCAUACUGCCAAUACAUUCAGGUUAAGUUUCUGUGGUAAAAAUAUUAUUGAUCACUUUUUCUGUGAUGUGCUUCCAUUGGUAAAAAUGUCCUGCACAGACACUCAUGUCUAUGUGAAGAUUCUCUCUAGUAUGGUGGGCUUCACCGUGCUCUCCAGCAUUCUUGCAAUCCUCAUUUCUUAUUUCAACAUCCUUCUGGCUAUCUUGAGGAUCCGCUCAGCCUCAGGAAGACGCAAGGCAUUCUCCACCUGUGCCUCUCACCUGGUCUCUGUCACCCUCUUCUAUGGCUCCUUGCUCUUCAUGUAUUCAAGGCCUAGUUCCAACUACUCCCUGGAGAGAGACAAAGUGGCUGCCAUGUUCUACACUAUCAUCAAUCCAUUACUCAACCCUCUCAUCUAUAGUCUGAGAAACAAAGAUGUUAAAGAAGCCUUUAAGAAAUUGAUACAGCAUAUCCAACACCAAGCAUGA